GUGCCUGCCCCGGGGCUCGGCGCGCGCGAUCCCGAUCGGGAUCGGGACCGGGAUCGGGAUCGGGAUCAAUUACCGGUAACCGAUCCCUAUAACCGGUAACGGGGGAUAUCCCCCCCCCCCCCUUCCGUAUCCCAUUCCGGUACCGACCCCCGGCGGGAUCCCCCGGCCCCGCCCGCCCCUCCCGGUACCGUGCUCCACCAUGAUGAAGUUUCGGUUCCGGCGGCAGGGUGCCGACCCGCACCGGGACCGCAUCCGGCACGACCUGUUCGCCUUCAGUAAGACAGUGGAGCACGGCUUCCCCAGCCAGCCCAGCGCCCUGGCCUAUGACCCUGUGCUGCGUGUGAUGGCCAUCGGCACCAAGGCUGGAGCAGUGAAGCUAUAUGGCGCGCCAGGCGUGGAGCUGACCGGCUUGCACAAGGAGACAGCCACUGUCACCCAGCUGCACUUCCUCCCUGGCCAGGGCUGGCUCCUGUCCCUGCUGGAUGACAACACCCUGCACCUCUGGGAGGUGUGCCAGAGGGAUGGAUGCUCCCACCUGGAAGAGACCCGAAGCUUCGGCCUCCCUGGACGCCCAGGGUGCUCUCCUGGCAUCACCCGGGUGACGGUGGUGCUGCCCACAUCCUGCUGUGCUGUGGCCUGCCUGGGUACUGAGGGUGGUGCAGUGUACUUCCUCUCCCUGCCCACCCUGGUGCUGCUGGAGGACAGAACCCUGUUCCCGGAUGAGGUCCUGCAGAGUGUUCCGGAUGAGUACCGCUGUGGGAAGGCACUGGGACCGGUGGAGUCCAUCCAGGAGCAUCCGCAGGACAACAACCGGCUCCUCAUCGGCUACAGCCGGGGACUGGUGGUACUCUGGGAGCAGAGCACACGUGUGGUCCAGCACCUCUUCCUUGGGAACCAGCAGUUGGAGAGCCUGGCUUGGGAGCAGAGUGGGAAGAGCAUCGUCAGCUCCCACAGUGAUGGGGGGUACAUGGUGUGGGCCGUCAGUGGGGCCGGACAGAAGACCCAGCAGCCCGUCAUGUCCACCAUCCCCUAUGGUCCAUUCCCUUGCAAAGCCAUCAGCAAAAUCCUGUGGCGGACCUGCGAGUCGGGGAACCCCUUCAUCAUCUUCAGCGGGGGGAUGCCAAGGGCCAGCUAUGGGGACCGGCACUGUGUGAGUGUGCUGCAGGGACAGACCCUGGCCACGCUCGACUUCACCUCUAGGGUCAUUGACUUCUUCACUGUGCACAGCCCCGAGGUGCCCGAGGGAGGCUUUGAGAACCCCCGUGCCCUCGUGGUGCUGGUGGAGGAGGAGCUGGUGGCCAUAGACCUGCGCACACCGGGAUGGCCGAGCAUCCCUGCGCCGUACCUGGCACCGCUGCACUCCUCUGCCAUCACCUGCUCCUGCCACGUCUCCAAUGUGCCCCUCAAGCUCUGGGAGAGGAUCAUCAGUGCUGGGGAGCAGCAGAGCCCCCGGCUCUCCUGUGCUGCUUGGCCCAUUGAUGGGGGGAAGAACCUGGCACAGGAGCCCACACAAAGGGGGCUUCUCCUCACGGGGCAUGAGGAUGGCACCGUGCGGUUCUGGGAUGCCUCAGGGGUCUCCCUGAAGCCCCUCUACAAGCUGGGCACUGCCAGCAUCUUCCAGACCGACUGUGAGCACAACGACAGCCUCAACCAGGCGGCCGAGGAGGAGUGGCCUCCAUUCCGCAAGGUGGGCUGCUUUGAUCCCUACAGUGACGACCCACGCCUGGGGGUGCAGAAGAUUGCUCUGUGCAAGUACACGGCCAAGAUGGUGGUGGCUGGGACAGCAGGGCAGGUGCUGGUGAUGGAGCUGAGCGAUGAGAAGUCAGAGCAUGCAGUGAGUGUGGCCACCGUGGACCUGCUGCAGGACCGGGAGGGCUUCACCUGGAAGGGCCACGACCGGCUGGCCCCACGGAACGGGCCCUUGCCCUUCAGCCCUGGCUUCCAGCCCAGUGUCCUGGUGCAGUGUGUGCCCCCUGCCGCCGUCACCGCCGUCACCCUCCACUCCGAAUGGAACCUCGUGGCCUUCGGCACCAGCCACGGCUUCGGGCUCUUUGACUAUUACCGGCGCAACCCCGUCCUGGCCAGGUGCACACUGCACCCCAAUGACUCCCUGGCCAUGGAGGGGCCCCUGUCCCGGGUGAAGUCCCUUAAGAAGUCCCUGCGGCAGUCGUUCCGGCGCAUCCGCAAGAGCCGCGUGUCGGGCAAGAAGAGGCUCAGCACCGGCAGCCCCUCCAGCAAGGUCCAGGAGGCCAAUGCUCAGCUGGCGGAGCAGGCAGGACCCCCCGAGGUGGAGAUGACACCAGUGCAGCGCCGCAUUGAGCCGCGCUCUGCCGAUGACUCCCUCUCUGGGGUCGUGCGGUGCCUUUACUUCGCUGACACCUUCCUGCGGGAUGCCGCACACCACGGCCCCACAAUGUGGGCAGGGACCAACUCGGGGUCGGUGUUCGCCUAUGCCCUGGAGGUGCCGUCGCAGGAGAAGUUCUCGGAGCGGGCGGUGGAGGCAGUGCUGGGGAAGGAGAUCCAGCUCAUGCACCGUGCGCCCGUGGUGGCCAUCGCGGUGCUGGACGGGAGGGGGAACCCCCUGCCCGAGCCCUAUGAGGUGUCAAGGGACCUGGCCAAGGCUCCGGACAUGCAGGGGAGUCACUCCAUGCUCAUCUCCUCCGAGGAGCAGUUCAAGGUCUUCACCCUGCCCAAAGUGAGCGCCAAGACCAAGUUCAAGCUGACGGCCCAUGAAGGCUGCCGGGUGCGGAAGGUGGCUCUGGUGAGCCUGGCGAGCGCCGGCUCCGAGGAGCGGCAGGAGAACUGCCUGGUCUGCCUCACCAACCUGGGUGACAUCCACAUCUUCACCGUGCCUGGCCUGCGGCCGCAGGUGCACUAUGGCUGCAUCCGGAAGGAGGACAUCAGCGGCAUCGCCUCCUGUGUCUUCACCAAGCAUGGGCAGGGUUUCUAUCUGAUCUCCCCAUCCGAGUUCGAGCGCUUCUCGCUGAGCGCCAGGAACGUGACGGAGCCGCUGUGCCGGCUGGAGGUCUCCCGGCUCCAGGACACCUCCUGCCUCAGCAACAGCUCUAUGGCAACACCGAAGCUGCCGCAAGCCAACGGUACCCACGUCCUGUGCAGCCCUGAGGGACCACACUCACCCACCAACAGUGACCGGUCCCCUGAGGAGCACCCGGCUGCCUUCUCGCCCAGCUCCAUGGACUCCCCCAACAGCAGCAUGGAGAACCCUCUGGACACCACUGGGGACAUCACCGUGGAGGAAGUGAAGGAUUUCCUGGCAUCCUCAGAGGAAGUGGAGAGGAACCUGAGGAACGCCAGCGAGGACGAGGCCAGGCCCACAGGGAUCCUCAUCAAGUGAGGCAGCACCAGCCUCCCUGACCCAUCUCAGUGCUCGGAUUCCCGGGAUGCGCGACUCGACUGGACCCCCCCCCCCCCAUGUAACGUAGACUCGUCUGUUCUCUAACACCCACCGGCUCCCCCCGGUCCCCCCCGCCCGGCCCCGGGCUCCAUGGUGCACAGGACUCAUCCUGGGGGAGAUCCCGUUCCUCUUGGACACGCUCCAUGGCUCCAGAGCCAGGGGGAUGCUGCUGCUGAUGCUGGGGCUUGUGGGCACCCCCCUCAUCCCCUGGUUUGGUCCAUUGGGAAAGUGGGGGGCCGGGAGCCCCCGGGCAGGGCCCUCCCAUCCCCUGGUCUGUGUUUACAUGCCCGGCUCCCUGCAGUUUACAGCCCCAUCCCCAGCCUGCAGCAGCUCCAUGGGAUACCCCAUUCCCAGGGCAUCCCAGUGUGGAUCCCGCUGCUCCAAGGUGGGCACUGGAAGGCUUAAGCAGCCUGGGGUUUGGGGGGGUCACAGGUGGCCUUUUUCUCUUAGUGGCUUCUCCAAGGGCUAUUGUCCAGGUUGGGCUCGGUGCCUGCUGCUCCUUUGACACUAAUUCCUGCCACGGGUGGGGUUGGGAUGGGAACACACCAGCUCCUGGUCCAUGCUGGUGCUGGGAUGGGGGGAUACGGAUGGAAUACGGGGGUACCCCAACCCCUUCUUGCCCCAACCCGGGGGUCUCACUGUGCCAAAUCCCCCCCUGGCCUGCCUCAUCCUCACCGGGGGCUGCUGUGAUGCUGGCUCUGGUCCAUAGCACCCGUCCCUAUGUGGCUCUAGGGCUCAGCCUGGUACUUCCCCUCCCCUUUAGGGGAUGUGGGGCCAUUUUGGACCCCCCCCCCCCAGGCUCUCUUGCGGUACGUGUGUGGCUGGGGGGGCCGGGAAGGCUCUGUCGGGGCUGUAGCGUCCUUGGUAGAACCCCCCCCACUCAUCCUUCUGUUUGUUUUUUUGGUAAGAUGAAUUUAGCAAUGUUUAGUUAUUAAAAAUACUGGUUUUUAAUAUUGAAAAUAAAGCAUUUAAUAUCAA